AUGCAGCAAGGCCCUGCUUCCGAACUGACACAGGGAAUGGAUCCUCAAGCCAUGGCGGACGGCGUUCAUCAUCAGGCCUACGACGGGGGGCUCGCAAUGCAAGUCGUCUCAGAGGAAUCGGAGCCUCCAGAAUCUCAACAGCCCUACAGCCCCCUCAACAUCCACGAUCUGCUGCCGAUCGAGGCGGCGCGCGUGCGGUUCCUGCACCUGAUCAUCGACCACUUCGUGACGUACCACAUCGUACCCAUCUCUGAGGAGUCGCAGCUCGCAGCCUCGCACUCCCCGGGGGAGAGGCGGAAGCGCAGGGCGAGAGAGAUGGAGGACGGGCAGCCACCGGUAGAGCAGCAGGUGAUCCGGCCGUCAUACGAGGGGGACCCGCGGCACCUGCUGCCGCUCAUCUUCCUGGCGAACGCGUAUGAGACGCUGGUGGGCGAGGUGAACGCGCGCAUGGCGGAGAUGGACGUGCUGCGCGGCAAGACCAUGGGGCUCGCGCUUGAGGCUGCUGGGGGGCUUUAUCGGCGCAUGGUCGAGAAAUUCCCCAAGUCCGGAGCUGUGACCAUAUUUAGGCGAAGGGAAAUGGCAUCUGCUCUGGAGGCGAGGGCACGCUUUCCUCAGUUGGUGCUGGGGCGGGAUGACAAGCGCGUGCGGUUCAUCGUGGUGCAUGGGCUGGAUCUCGUGGAGAGGCCGUCAACCAUGUCACCUGAUGAUGCUGAGUGGUUCAAACGCAUAACCGGGAGGCAUGAGGUGGCAAUCUACCCGCGGGACUUCAAGUACUUCACACCCCGGCCCAAACCCCGGAGGGUGCCUCAGCCGUCUGUGUCGGCCGUGACUGUGGCGAACCCUGCUGAACUCCCUGCGCCCAUGCACCACAUGGCCAUGGGGCCUGGAGGUCCCUUGGGGCACCUGCAGGGGGGGGAGGGGCAGCAGGGCAUGGGGCCGGGACACGUGCCGCCGCAUUUGCCGAGGGGGUUGCUGCCUUCUGGGUCGCAUCACCUCGCCAUGGUUCUCACCCCAGUAAGUGCAUUGCGUAACCUGUUUACGAUUUCCCACUCUGGUAAGUGA